CUUACUCUGUUUGUAUUACUGCAAUGGCGGCAGAUGGAAUACUGUAUUUGGUUUAUCUACUUUGCACUUUUAAUGAUUAUUAAUAAAUGGAAAAAAAGAAAUUCAAUAUUAAUUUGGACGACUCGGCAUUCACCAAGGAAAGAAGGCCGGUGGCACCUUUGUUCAAGGCCAAAGAUGGCCAGCUAGAGGCCUCAUCAGCUCCUCCAGCUCCGGGCCAACCACUGUCCUAUGCUGAGUUCAUCGUUCAGACCAAAAACAGGGUGCUUCAGGGAGCAGCCCAUGGAUCAGAGAAACAAACAUCUGCUGUCCAAAGUAUAAAUGAUGCUGCAGGGCAAAGUAUUGUAAACACAGUUGGAAUUGGGUCAGUUAGUAAGUCAUCUUCAGACUCAGGGAAACCUGUAUCAGAGCAGCAGGGACCAUCAGAGGCACCAACAAAAGAGGACGAGCAGUGUUCGGAGAUUUGUGUCAUUGCUCCUCAUCUUUUAGGAUCAGGAAACAGUAUUAUUGUCAGUCCUCGACAGAGAGGCAACCCCAUCCUAAAGUUUGUGAGAAAUGUUCCUUGGGAAUUUGGAGAAGUGGUGCCAGACUAUGUUUUGGGGCGGACAACAUGUGCUCUCUUUCUCAGUGUUCGUUACCAUAAUCUGAACCCAAACUACAUCCAUGAACGUCUGAAACAGCUGGGACAGAGUUUUAUCCUCCGAGUGUUGCUCGUCCAAGUUGACGUGAAAGACCCUCAUCAUGCACUGAAAGAUCUUGCUCGAAUAUGCAUCAUGGCAGACUGUACUCUCAUACUGGCCUGGAGCCCUGAAGAAGCUGGUCGUUACCUUGAGACAUAUAAAUCCUAUGAGAAGAAGCCUGCAGACCUCCUGAAAGAACAAGUGGAGAAAAAUUACCUAUCCCAGGUUACAGAUAGUUUAACUACAGUGAAGUCAGUCAAUAAGACAGAUGCUAUGACUCUCCUGUCUACUUUUUCUUCUCUGGAGGGUAUCAUUAACGCUUCCAGGGAGGAGCUUGUUUUGUGCCCAGGACUCGGCCCACAGAAGGCAAGAAGGCUUUAUGAUGUUUUGCACCAGCCCUUCAUAAAGACCAAGAAGAAGGAAAGCGGAUAAAGCUAAGCUGUAUUUAACCCUCUGGGGUCGACGGAUGCGCCGGUGUGUCCUGCUGGAUUUUUUCCUCAUGACAGCGGAAACAACUUAAAAUAUUUUUGGGCAUACAGAUAAGUGUAAGACAUAAUUAGAAACUAUAAAGGGUCUACUUUUAUUUAUGUACACUCAAAAUAACAACAAAACCUUGUGCUUUUGUAAAAUAAAGAAAAUAAAUGGUGCGCUUUCAGCCGUCUCUGUCUCCGCGAGCAUCUUUCUGAAUCACGUCACAAAAAUGAACUGAAACUCCGCAAAUACUUAUCAGACAAACAUGAAGCAUAUGUCUAAAGAAAGCUUAAAAUGUCUACUUUUAAAUAAAACAAUUCAAAUGUAAAAAAAAAAAAAUUCUCCUGCAAUGUAAUCUGUAUGAAACAAAGUGAUGUACAGUUUCUCCUGGCUCAGCUAAUUAUCGCUAAUGUGAUCCCACCCACCAGAAGAGCACGCUAUUCAUACGGUAAUGUGCUGAGGCGAUCAAUGCAAAUGGUAAACGCCCCCAACAGUGCCUUUAAAAACAUCAAGUUCAUUCACUUUUCUGCGCGUUUGGAAGAUGGCACGCUACACAGGUGAGGAAGCUCCUGGAUAGUGACGAAGAGUUCAUGUUUUCCUCAGAAGAAGAGCGGAAAGCCAACGAUGAACGUUUGCAUUUUGAAGAGCGACUUGAUCCAGCCAAGGAUACAAUUUCAGAAGAGUAAGUCAUUUAGUUUUACUUACAUAUUAGUUGACAUGCUAUUUUAUAUAAACAUAUACAUAUUUUACUAGUUGGACUAUCUCCAGACUUGCCAGCCAGGAUUCAGAGUAUUGAAAUUUGAAAUAUGUCCUAAUAAGCAAGUUUUAGUUACAUGUAAAUGUUGUUUCGGCUAAAGCAGGUAUUUAAAUUGUAAGCUGUAUGAUAUAAAUAUAUGUAAUAUGAUAUAAAAAUAAUAUGAAUGUUUAGAUUAUAUUUUAACUAGUGUUUAUGCUGCCUCAUUAUCAUCAACGAAGCUUGCGCUUGCAAAUAUCUGUUCGGGUGUAAAUGUGUAAAAUGUGCUGUAAAUAUGCCCAUAUUAGAAAAUCAGCAUAUUAGAAUGAUUUCUGAAGGAUCAUGUGACACUGAAGACUGCAGUAAUGAUGCUGAAAAUUCAGAUUUGAUCACAGGAAUAAAUUGCAUUUUACAAUAUAUUCAAAUAGAAAACAGUUAUUUUAAAUUGUAAAAAUAUUUUAUAUAUAUAUAUUUUUUUUUUUUUUGCUGUAUUUUGGAUCAAAUAUAUUCAGCCUUGGUGAGCAGAAGAGACUUCUUUUAAAAACAUUAAAAAAUCUUACAGAUCUAAAACUUUUAAAUGUAGUGUAGGUCUAAAGUUUUUAAGUAAAGUCUUUAUGUAAAGAAAAUGUAUAGUCAGAUUACUUCUUUUAACUUAAACUUGAUUUUGUGAAAAAGCUACAAACAAUACAUUCAAUCAUUCAGUCUCCUCACAUUCAUUCUCUCUCAGGGGAGGGGUCUUUGUCUCCUCAGGUGUGAAUCACAUCAAUAUUCGUGAUCAUCCACGCCUCAAUAAAAGUGUCUUACAAAAGUUAAAUGACUAUAUUGUUUUGUAUGAAUGAGUGAUCAGGAUGGUUUUCACAUCAUUUUGUAGCAAAAACACUAGGCAACAAGAUCCAGUUCUCAAAAGACUUGUGAACAAAUGUUUAGUAUGUGUUAUAUGGCCUUAUUUCAGUGACUUAACAUUUAUUUUAUUUUUUUCAAAAACCACGCAUAAACGUUAUUUUCUCAAAAAUACAAACACGUACAUACAUGUUGUUCACAUAUUAUUGUAGCCCAGUUUGUGCUGAAUACAGUGUUAUCAGACUUUAGCCAUUAAUAUGUUUUAAGCAACUGAAAAAAGCACAAAUGUCAAGGCAUGUCAAAACUUCUCCAGGGACCAAAACACCCUCAGACCUCAGAGGGUUAAGUCAUCAAGUGUUUUAGAACACUUGGCCCUAUUGUAAGGUCUGGAGCCACAAUAGCACAUGGUCCUCUGGAAGCAUCAUUUGAGCAUUUGGUUUAUGAUGGUCUCUGCCUGUAAGUAGGGCAUAAACAGCCUUUUAAUAUCCAGCAUGCAGUGAUAU